CAUGAAGUGAGUUUUGCGCCUGUUAAUUUAAUUGUGACAGGCAAGUGGUUGUCAUUCUCUGUAGUGUCAGGGACGAUCAGACAUCCGCGGAUAAGUUGCUGCCAUUUGUCAAGAGUUACGGUGGUCGACAUGGCAGCGAGCCAUGGCGCUGGACUUAUGCUAGACUCUCCCCAGAGGAGCACUGUUUCUGUGGAUGUCCAACACUACCUGGUCUAUGAAGAGCUGAUGAAGAGAAUGAUUGGUGGUAUCGUUAUUGUGGCGCCCCCCGUGCCAGCCACCGUCCCGCCUAAUUACCCGGUGACAUUGAAGAUUCAAGCAGAGGGGCAUGGCCGUCUGUCUUACCAGUGGUUCACCUUUAGAAAUGAGGAGAUUAUUGCGGUGCCGAAUGGGGUCGAGGCAAAACUGGUAGUUAUUCCCCAGAAGUCUCAGCGCUAUGUGUGCCGUGUGAGCGACCAUCUCUCCAACUGUGUGUUCAGUGAAUGGAUCAAGGUCGAUGUCCUGGACAGUCCAGCCUCAGGUCUCCCAAAUAACUGGGAUGGAUCACCCCACAUUGUGCUCCACCCCAAAUCCCAAAAGGUUAAGCCAGGAAAACCGGUGACCCUAAACUGCGCUGCCUUUUUCAUACACCCUCCCAAUUACCAGUGGUACAGAAAUGGCGUCAUCAUAGAGGACCAGACAAGCAGGGCGCUCCAGAUUGACUGUGCAAAUGCUGAGAAUGCUGGAUCGUAUCUCUGUUGUGUUACAAAUGUCAACGGGGAGUCCUGGACAGAAGCAGCUGACGUAGAAAUCGUGCCUCUUGACCAGCCUCGUGUCUCACGGCCCACAGCGACAGGCAAAGUGGCUCUCCUGAUAGGGAACUUGAAUUACUCCUGCCACCCCCCGCUGAUGGCCCCAACCAUGGACGUGUACGAGCUGGCUCAGCACCUCCAGCAGCUGGACUUCAGGGUGGUGUCUCUGCUGGACCUCUCCAAAAAGGAAAUGAAUGCCGCCAUCGAGAAGUUCCUGCAGCUGCUGGACAAGGGAGUGUAUGGCCUUUUCUACUAUGCUGGUCAUGGGUACGAACAGGCGGGCAGGAACUACAUGGUGCCCAUCGAUGCGCCACGGCCCUACAACACAGAGGACUGUGUGUGUGUGCAGCGCAUCAUGAAGAAGAUGCAGGAGCGCCACACGGCUCUCAACGUCAUCCUGCUGGACACAUGUCGCAAGUGGUACAGAAUGGACAAGAGGCACAAACAGCAUCUCAACGUCUCAGAGAUAACGCCCUUGGCACCACUGGGUAACACAGUGUAUGGCUACGCAACGUGUGAGGACGCUGAGGCCUACGAGGUGCAGGACGCCAGGGGCAAGAGCACAGGAAUCUUCACCAAAUACUUGAACAGGCACAUUCUGCAGACGGAGAAAGUCACACACAUCUUGGAGCAGGUUUCUGAAGAUCUGGGCAGGGACCCGCUGGUGAUGGGCAAGCAGGUGUGUGAGAUCAAACACACGCUGAAGGAGCCGAGGGCGCUGACGGACCCCGUGCGGACGGCCGGACACACCUGCGAGGUGCGCGUGAGGGACAGCUUCUGGAGGAACGCCAACGUCUUGCCCAAGAGGGAGCUUCUGGUGUUUCCUAGCGGCGUCAAAGUGGAGCUUAGUUUCUCGGCGUUGUUCUCAAACGUCCUGGUCGUCUUUGCCACAGUGAAGGACACUGGACCCAGGGCCCAGGACUGUACGGUCAUCCUUACGAGCACGCCGGGUCUCGAAGACAUUUUCUCUGGGCCAGAUCGGUCAGAGGAGUUUGAUUCUCUUCUGAUGAGCCAGUCUGAUAACGCCGACUCCAGUAUUCGCCUCUGCUGUCUUCAGAGACUUCAGACAUCCUUGGAGAUCAAGGUGGAUUUGCACUACUUGGACAUCGACAGCGGCCGGAGACUCAGGGAGAGUAGAUCUUUGCCCGUGGGGAAGCCUUUGGUUGCAGCCUGUUCACUGAACUCGGCCAGGCCCGCAGGAGCCGCAGGAGCCACAGGGGGGCCACAGGGCCCCCAGUCCUGCAGUAGCUGGCCGAGGAAGGGCGAGGCGAGGCUUUCGGCCCGGCCACACACACGCAAGGCGGAGAAUGCAGUAGACAGCAGGCUGUGGGUUCCAUCCACCAGCGGCAACCAGCCAGAGGAGAAUGAUGAAAGUGACAUCCAUAAUUUUACUUAGGGAAUAAUGUUUAGUCUGACGGUCAUUCUUCAAAAAUAUAUUUUGUCCUGCGGGAUCUGUUUUUAAAGAAUGACCCUAGAAAACGGAUUAACAUGACCUGUACAUCAUCUCACUUAUUAUAUGGCUACUUACAAAAGUGAUUGAAGACAUUCCUCCAAAAUAUCUCUUUCCAAAAUACUGUAUAUAGCUUUUGCUGAGAGAUAGUUAGUUCUAUAAAGUUUUAGGUGUUCUGAAAACCUCAGUUACUGACAAUGAAUUUCUGUUCUGUGACAAGUAAACAGAUUACCUGCAGAAUGAUAUGAACAUGUGAAUCAGAUUCACAACACCUGUUGAGUCUUAUAACAACGUGAUGUCCCUGUCUUUACUGUGUGAUGAUAUUCAUGUAUUUUUACUUGGUAACAAACAAACAGGGAAAUCUUGAAAAUCUUUGUGUUAUCUCAUUCAGUACAUGCUUUAAUAAUGUUUCAGUAAUCAAGGACUUGAUGAAACAUUGGCAUUAAUGAAGCCUUACAUUUAUGAAGGAUUUUGGUACAUUUCCUUUUUCAUGUUAUGAUAAAUGCCAGAAGUCAGAAACUAUCGAGUGUGAUUUUAAAAACAAUGCAAACAAGAGCUUUGCUGUUCUGUUAAAAUGUUUUGUUUGUUUCCGAUUUUCAGCUUUGAGUCAGAUACGAAAUGAUUUUGAUAGGCUACAUAUUGUUGGCUUGUUUAAGUACAUCUCACCUUGGAAAAGUAGUUCUCAGUUUAUGUGUUAUUUAUUUCUUUAGAACUGUUGAUCAACUGUACUAUGUAAUUCUGAAUGACACCUUAAAAAACUACUUAUUUGUUCAUAGACAUGAAUGAAUGUUGUAUCUUGGCUCUCUAUUUGAGCUUUAAUAAAGAAAAGCUAAAU